AUGUCGUAUGGUACAAACCAAGGAUCUUAUCCAGGUCCACCACCAGCAUAUAGCUCUGUUGGAACUUCACACGAACCGUUCGUAGGUAGAGAGUGGGAGACUGACGACGUUCCUGAGGAUUUUAAAUAUGGCGUGUCAGUUUCGGAGUGCGACGUUAGCGUUCGAUUGGGUUGGUUUUUUCUUGAUCAUAAAUUUUUAAGUUAUUUAUCAUGGAGAGCUGACUUAUUUUUUAUAGCUUUCGUGCGUAAGGUCUAUUCGAUUUUGCUUGCACAAAUUGGUUUAACGACUAUUGUGAGUGCAAUCUUUAUGAAUAAUGAUAAUAUCAAAAAAUGGGUUCAGGAGAGUGGUGGGAUUUUGAUCGUUUCCAUGAUUGCAACAUUUGUCCUUUUGUUACUUCUCAUGUGGAAACGUCGAUCUUACCCUACCAAUUAUGCCCUGUUGGCAGCUUUUACACUUGCUGAGAGCUAUUCAAUUGGAACACUUGUGACCUUAUUCGACAAAACACUUGUAUUAUAUGCCUUUAUUAUCACAAGUUUUCUUUUCAUUGGCCUUUCAUUAUUUACCCUCCAAUCUAAAUAUGAUUUCAGUGGAAUGGCUCCCUUCUUGUUCGCAGGUCUUUGGGUUGUUAUAAUCGCAGGAAUUAUCGGCAUAUUUGUUCCAUUCAGUCAAACGUGGGAUCUGAUAUUUGCAGCAAUGACAGCCAUUCUUUUUAGUGGAUUUAUUAUUUAUGACACAUUCAAUAUCAUGAAACGAUUAAGCCCUGAAGAAUACGUGAUUGCAUCCGUUGAUCUUUAUAUGGAUUUCAUUAACUUAUUUAUUGCAAUAUUAAGAAUUUUAAAUGACUUGAAUCGGGAUUAA